AUGGCUCUGCUCCAGCGCCUGGCCCGGCUCGCUGCCUACCUGCAGGACCCGCAGAAAGUGGCCGACUUCCAGCGUCUCUGCGGGGUGGAGGGGCCUCCGGGCUUGGCGGCCUCCCCUCCCCUCGCUGAGGAGAGCGGGGAGCCGGGGCCGUUAGCCAACGGCAGCUGCCCCGCCAUGAACGGCGGAGGGGAAGGCGAUGGGUGGCCCCGGCUCAGAGCCGCCGCUGGCGGGGAGAAGCGGCACCCGAAGGGGCUGGGGAACGGGGCGAUCCCCGAGGGAGCCGGCGGGGAGGGACCCCCGCAGCAGCAGGAGGAAGGGCAGCAGACCUGGGGGAGGAGGCAGCCGCGCCGCAACUCCCUGACCGGGGAAGCCGCCUGCCAGGAGAUCGCCAUCCGCAACCCCUUCCUCUAUUAUCUGUUCAACCUGGGCACGGAGCUGGGCAACGAGCUCUUCUACAUCCUCUUCUUCCCCUUCUGCAUCUGGAACCUGGACGCCUGGAUGGGCAGGAGGCUCAUCAUCGUCUGGGUCUGGGUUAUGUACCUGGGCCAGUGCACCAAGGAUGUGAUCCGCUGGCCACGGCCUGCCUCCCCUCCCGUGGUGAAGCUGGAGGUCUUCUACAACUCCGAGUACAGCAUGCCCUCCACCCAUGCCAUGUCGGGCACUGCCAUCCCUCUGGCGCUCGUCCUGCUCAGCUACGGCAGGUGGCAGUAUCCCCUUAUGUAUGGUCUGAUUCUUGUGAUCUGUUGGUGUUCCCUGGUUUGUUUUAGUCGAAUUUACAUGGGAAUGCACUCAAUUUUGGAUGUUAUUGCUGGAUUUCUAUAUGCUAUUCUCAUCUUGGUUGUCUUCCAUCCAGCUGUGGACCUGAUUGAUAACUUCAAUUUAACUUACAAGUAUGCACCACUAAUUAUCAUCAGUCUUCAUUUAGCCUUGGGGGUUUUCUCUUUCACUCUUGACACCUGGAGCACAUCACGAGGAGAUACAGCUCAGAUUCUGGGUUGUGGUGCUGGAGUUGCUUGUGGAUCUCAUUUUAAUUACAUGUUGGGUCUAAUGCAAGAUCCUUCCCCAGAUACAUUGCCUUUAAUUCCUCCCUCCAUCACUGUGACUUUAUUUGGAAAAGCCAUAUUGCGGUUAUUGAUUGGAGUAGUACUACUAUUGUUAACAAGAAUAAUGAUGAAGAAAAUCACCAUCCCACUGGCCUGUAAAAUGUUCUCUAUACCGUGUGAUGAUAUACGACAAGCAAGGCAGCGCAUGGAGGUUGAACUUCCCUAUCGCUAUAUUACAUAUGGAAUGGUUGGGUUUUCUCUCAUGUUUUUGGUUCCUUGCCUGUUUCUUUUUAUUGGUCUUUCUUGA